UUUUAAAAGUGUACCUGUCUAAAAACUGGAAUGCAUAAGUCGCCGCGGGAAAGCGCAGAAGUUGCAAAUCCAUGUGCCCAAAAGUCCAGAAGAGCUCCCCAAAAGUUCAAUGUUUGUCAGUAUUCUGCUUUCCCAUUUGAUUCCUUUGCAACUGCAGCGUUGGAGGAACAUAGAGGAACCAAGGCCAUGAUAGCGGCCAGUGAACCUCAUGAGUUCAUUCCGUUUGGCCGCCAGUUCAGCAGAGGCCAGUCGGACCGCACAGGCCAGCCUGCCAGCCAGCAGGGGGAGACAGCCGGUAUUGACUUGGACCUUCCCAUCACUGCACUGAGGGAAGUUAAUAUCAGCGAUGCCUCUCAGAAGGAGUUUUGGCACAUUUCGCAGAAUCGCAAGACCGACGGCAAGGAUUUAGACUAUGACGAGGAGAUCUACAUCAAGGGCACGGCGGUGGUGUGGAGUCGGGGGUGCCAGUCACAGGCUAGACUGGUCCAGAAGUCCUACCAGUUAGACUCGCCCAUCAUUGAGGCAGAGUGGGUGACAUUCAGGCUGCAAGACACCAAGGGUGACCCUCUGGAGGAAAGAACCCAUCAAACAGGAGAUGCAGUGCCAAGUAUCUGCAUCACCCAAGCGGCUGUCCUGAAUGUUUUCACUGAGGGAGGGGACCAAUUCACAGCUUCCCUCCCAUUCCAGGUUUCCCAUUCCUGGAGCAUGGACCAAGGACUGCUGCUGGAAAGAUCUGUAUCCAACCAAGAAAUAACAAGUCCCAAAAGGGAAUCAGAAUGUCUGCCGACAUUAUUCAGUCUUCAGCAUCCCUUAGACGAACCUGCCCCGGUCAUAUGCAAAACAGGAGGUGUGGGAAGCACAAAGAUCGGCUUCAUGACCGACUACUCUCAGCAGGUCAUUUUCACGACCUCUGACCCUUCCCUGGUGGUGACCUUUGACUCGGCGAUGGGUCUGCACACUGUGUGGUUACUGAGAUACGCUGCUGCUGAGGAAAUCUGUGUAGCCUCAAAGAUCCUGGAUUUGAACACCACCGCGGCCAACCAUGCCCAGACCCCACGGCAUAGCUACAGCUCAGGCACCCUAGCCGGCCUGAGCACCAGCGCCCAGUCCCGCCUGAGCCUGUCCAGUCUCUCCCCCAGUGCCUCCCCUUACCGGGGACUGCCCAGCAGGAUAGCCUCGCCUCUGGUGUUCUCCCGGCCGCAGAGUCCGGCCUUGUCUGUAAUGGCAGCUCUCAGUCGUACCCAGUCUCCAGCCACUAGCGCCCUCUAUAGUCCAGCCUCCAGCAUGAUCUCCCCUGCGAGAUCCACGUGGUCUCCCGGAGGCAUGUCCAUGACGUCGUUCCUGAAUACCACCUGCGGUGAGGUCAUGGAACCCCUGGCUCCUGACUUCUGUCUGGAGCAUUGCUGGACGGAGCCUGUCAUCAGUAACAGGGAGGGAAUUCUGGGUAAAGCCACGCGAGUCUUUCUGACCACUGACAUCUGCCAGCAGCGCUACCUGUGCUACCUACUGCAGCACCGCCACCAGCUCAAAUGUGUCAAGUUUGGCCGCAGCAACGACCAAUCACAUCUCAUCUUUGGUACUAUAUCAAUACUCAUGGUCAAAGAUGCAGUGCCGCUCCAGAGUUUGGACAUGAUGGUCGUGCUUGAUCUCAGCAACAGCUUGGUACUGUAUACCGGUCUCGUCAAGAUUGGCAAGGUGCAUGUCUCCGGCAUCCUUCCAUCACUGUCCUCCAGCUUGCCCCGCCCAAGCACCCCACUGGAUAGCCCCGCCCCUCUGACGUCAUCCCGACCCUCCAGCAGUGCUCAAGUCAUCAUGGAUGAGGUCGUCAUGUUGUCCCCGGUACCAGGUUUCCUAGGCGAUUCGGGUGCCAAGCUGCAGGAGUCGGCAUGCAGCGACGAGUUCUCAUUCCACCCAGGCGGCACCAGCAGUAGCGGUCCCACCAGACAUAUCAUCGGUUUGAGGGACCCUGUCGCCAAUAGGUUCACUGUGGAAUUAACCGGAGAGACCAUGCUUCGCAUGAGCAUUCCAGAAGUCACAUCAUCCCCUGUUGUGCAAAUGUGUCUGAAUGCCCUCAAGUAUGUGCUACCUCGCGACAUGGCCAUGCAGCUGGUGACGAGAUGGUACAACACCCACAAUGCACCUGGCGGUCCCGGCAGCCAAUCAGAAGGGCUGGUGUUUGCCAAGUGCCUCCUGGGAAUGAUGGGAUACAACAUUGAGAAGUUGGCCGUCUUUCAGCAGCAAGACAUUGAUUCUCCAGCAUCGCCUGCCGUCGCCACCAAGAAACACAAGACGUCAGGACUAGAUGAGGACUGGGAUUACCUACUGGGCUCUACGUACCACCGCCUAGCCUGUCCAACACUCCUUGAGCCACUCUGUGGAGCACAGCCCCAUGCACUCUCUGCCUCGGGAGACAUGAACCAGGCUAAGAUUGACACCGGUGCAGCGCUGUUUACUCACAUACCGGCCGUUGUCUUUGCCCUGCAUCUUAUUUACGAGGAGCUCAAGCUGACCAGAUUUCAUGCAGACAGCGCCCAGGACUUGGCGACAAUUCUCUACCAAGUAGCCAGUGAUUUGAAAUGGACUGCGUAUGUAGACUACUACUAUCGAGGCCACCCAGAUCUCCAUCAAGUUGUGAGGCAGCAAGUCAGCCAGAUGAGUCCUGAGCUGUAUGCCCAGAUGCAGCAGCCUGCUUGCUUCACGUCCACCCCUCCCAGCAUGGCCCGCUGGCUGUACGGAUCCCUCAGGGGCCUACCCCAAGAACCCUACCCAUGCAUCGAUGACAUCUGCACCACCUCUUACAAGAUAAUGAUGCUUUACUCCUUGUACCUGAGUCAAGACAUCUCCAAGAUGUGGAAUCCGAAGACAAGUUUCAGAAGACUCUCAGCUGCAGGCCAACCUGCCAAAUUGUCCGACGCUAGAGUCCAACUGGAUGAUUUCAUCCGGUCCCACGUGGACCUCAACAGUGCCGAGCGGACCGUGCUCUUCAUGACCACGAUCGGCUUCACCUUGCGGGAUCUGGAGGCUCUCCAACUCGGCGUGGCCCUCCCACUCUGCGAGGCAAUCUACCGGUGUAGGGAGAACCCCCCAAGCAGUUGGCCCGAGGCUGCCUACGUGUUGAUGAAGCGGCAGGACCUGUCGGCUCAGGCCCGGCUGCCUAGGGACAAGAAGAGAAGACACAUGGAAUCAUCAGCUGACAAGGAGUCCAAGCAGGAGGAUGACGGGAUGGGUCACCUGGAUCAAGAGCUUCUACGUCUGCGCUUCCCCGAUGACCUGAGGGUCCAGGAAGUCCGGAGGCUGCUCCAAUCCUCCAAGCCAGCACGGAUUGCUCUGGUCCAGAAACCUGAAGUCAGUGAUCAUGAGUUCAUUGAAGAGCAAGAAAUGAGGCUUCUGGUGGUGUCACAGAGAACCAUGGCUCUGUCCAUUGGAAGGGGGAUGUUUACUCUGUGCACCUCCCACCCUGUCGUCACAGAGAUGUUACCCAUACCGAAGCUGAACCUAUCUGGUCGGGCUCCACCAAGGAAUAACACUAUUUCCUUUCUUCAUAUCGACGUUCCUACCAACAUGAGUUCCUGGCCCUCGUUUCACAACGGCGUUGCCGCAGGACUCAAAAUUGCUCCCGGCUGCUCACAGAUUGAUUCAACAUGGAUUGUGUACAAUAGACCAGCUGGUUCUGAGCUGACCAAUGAGCACGCAGGAUUUCUGAUGGCCCUCGGACUGAACAGACAUCUGUCUAGUCUGUCCACUCUCAACGUUCAUGACUAUCUCUGCAAGGGUCAUGAGAUGACAAGUGUGGGGCUUCUCCUUGGAUUGGCAGCAGCAAAGCGUGGCACCAUGGACGUAGCCACUACUAAGAUGCUGAGUAUUCACAUCAGCGCACUUCUGCCUCCGACAUCCACCGAGCUAGACAUACCCCACCUGGUACAGGUGGCUGCAGUCAUGGGUAUAGGGCUGGUGUAUCAGGGCACGGCACACAGACACAUCGCUGAGGUUCUCCUGGGAGAAAUAGGUCGACCCCCGGGACCAGAGCUGGAGAACUGCACAGACAGAGAAUCUUACUCACUGGCUGCUGGUUUGUCACUUGGAAUGGUCAUGUUGGGGCACGGAAGCAAUGCUGUUGGCUUGUCAGAUCUCAACAUGGCCGACCAACUCUAUCACUACAUGGCGGGAGGUUAUAAGAAUCAGCCGAGCGGUGCAAACAAAGAGAAGUUCAAAUCUCCCUGCUACCAGAUCAAGGAAGGCGACCAGGUCAACAUUGAUGUCACGUCACCGGGGGCAACGCUGGCCCUGGGGCUCAUGUUCUUCCAGACUGCUAACAGGGCUGUGGCUCAGUGGUUAACCGCUCCAGACACCCAGAUACUCCUGGACUUUGUCAAACCAGACUUUCUGCUUUUAAGAACGUUAAGUAAAGGCCUUGUAAUGUGGAAUGAGAUUGAACCCAACAGUGACUGGAUUCAAAACAAUGUGCCUGAGAUUGUGAAGAAAUAUGCCUUCAAAAGGAACAUCACUGCUCAGGAAGAUAUGGACAUUGACAUCGACUUGCAGAAAAUGAGCCAAGCAGAAUGCAACAUCUUAGCAGGAGCCUGCAUGGCUAUGGGUCUACGGUUUGCUGGCUCUGCUAACAACAGUGCCUUCCAGUGUUUGCUCCACUACGCCCAGAGGUUCUCAAGUCUCGCCUCGCAAACAAUUUCCGAAUUGGCCGGUAAAUCAACUAUCGACACAUGUCAGAAUGCAGUACUUCUCUCAGUUGCCUUGGUCAUGGCAGGAACGGGCAAUUUGGAGGUUUUGCGCUUCGCACGCAAGCUGCACUUCAGCCUCAGUAACGACACCAGCUACGGUAACCACAUGGCGACGCACAUGGCCAUCGGCUUGCUGUUCCUUGGCGGAGGGCGCUAUACUCUCAGCACCGCCCCUGCGUCUAUCGCCGUGCUCAUCUGUAGCCUGUACCCACAAUUCCCUGUCAACAGCAAUGACAACAGGUACCACCUGCAAGCCCUGCGUCAUCUCUACGUGCUUGCCGCUGAGCCGCGCUUGAUCUUACCAAGAGAUGUAGAUAUUGGGAAACCUUGCUAUGCCCCGCUAGAAAUUGUAUAUAAAGAGACACCUUGGUAUGAAGAGCACACAGUCAGGAUGCUGGCACCCUGCAUCAUACCAGAGCUCAAACAUCUCAAGCAGAUCAGUGUGGUUGGUCCCCGAUACCUGACUGUGACCCUUGACACCGGCAAGAAUCUAACCGCCAUCGAAGCAAUCUUCAGAGCAGACGGUACCCUGUACGUCAAGCAACGCGCUGGUCACCUGUCGUAUGCAGAGGACCCAAAAGGUUACAAAAGUCUGUUGGCCCAGACCUUUACCCACGAUGCAUCUUACCAGCAAUCCAUGGACUCGGAGGUCAUAAGGUCAUUCACCUCUGACCUUGCUAUUCUCGGGUUCUCCCGGCAUUUCUGUCAGAGAGUGGAUGGCGGCGAUGAGUCAUCGAUGGAGAGCUUGUUAGCAUCGUUGCUGUAUGAGUGCGUUACCAAGGAGAAACCAUGGAUACUGCAGUCACUCAUUGAAGUGCAUCAGGUCAUCAACAGCCUGGUAGGCAGACCGGACACCCACACACUGUGGCAGAUCAAACUGCUACUAGCUUACUACAACCACGCGCACCACAGGAUAGAGGUCGGCGGCUGUGGGCACACCCAAGCCAAAGGGCUGCUCUUGAGUGCCGAGAUGGGCGUCAAGAUGAAGUGUAGAGUUGAGAACUAUCUGGACGCUUGGCUUACGGCAGACAACCAAGCCCAAUUGAUGGCGUAUCUGUCUCAAGGCACACUCCCUGAAACCAAUGAGAGCUGCAGGCAGCUGGCCAAGUUCCUGGUGUAUCACGACAUUCCUUCUCCAUUGCAGUUAUCAGGGAUACCACUCCAGGUGUGCGACUCCCUCCCGCGUCUACAUGCUGCCCUCAAGGAUUUCAACCUCCCCGUGUCGGCGUUGAUGAAGCUCGUUACGAUCCUCCAGACAGCCAGGUGACACACACACUGACCCAUAGCAGCUAGUCACUGUCUAUUCUCACUCACUGCCAUUGAUGUCUGUGUACAUUGAACACAUGAAAAUGGUGCCAGAAAUAGAAAAACCAGGAGCUGAUUUCACGAAAAAGAUGGUACAUUGUAGCUUCCGCCAUAUGAAACACUUGCGCAACAAAUUUGUUGCGCAACUGGGCAACAAUCUGAAGAUCUAUUUCACAGAACUUGGUGUAGCUGCGCAACAUUUUAAAUAAUCUAAACGUCUUGGACGAGGAUAAUAACAGCAUUUACAACAGCUGUUUGUGCAUGAAUUUGUUUGUUCACGAAACAGUCUUUGAAUCACCUCAGCCCGACAUUUUGAAAACAAUUUUUGUCCAACUCUCUUCGGAAUCGUGCGGCAACUCUAAAGAUUCUGUCACUAGUAAAAUAAAAAUUCAAUUACUUCAAAUUAGAAGCUGUUGUGCAAUAACAGGCUCUUCUAAGAUCAUGAUUUGCUGGUAAAAUAGGUCAUUUUCAGUCGCUAUGCCACAAUUUAUGCCAUCUAAUAUGAUUGCACAAGUUACGCCAUAAUUUAUUGCGCAAGUUACGGAC